UUAUAUCUAAUCCAGAAAUCAUCGGAGCAGGAUUUCAUUAUGGACAACGCAUAUUAUGAUGAUCUGCCUCACAUCACGAAACCUGGAAAAAACCUUUUCAAUCCAGAAACUUAUAUCGGUAACUGGUAUGAAGAAACUGUUCGAAACACGCUAAAACGCAACGAUUUUCUCCGGAAAAGAGAAUGCGGCGAUUUAAUAAUUCAACGAACUCAGACAAUGGUCGAUUUACUUCUGAAACCGGUGGAACUUACCCCACAAGCUGAUGGAUACCUUCACUACGGCGACAAAAUUCAGAUUGUUUCUCCAGGUCCAUCGUGUAAACUGGCUUCUGAGGUCUACCCGUUCAAAAGAAACUACUGCAAACUUUCUCAUCUCAUCUUAAGUGCAGCAGUACCUCCGACGAGUAUUGAUCAUGCACCGUAUCUCAACACCGACAGCAUAAUUUCCGCAUCGACUUUGUUGUAUCCAGUUGUGAGGAAUUCUUUCAUAAUUGAGCAUCCAGAUUGUCCUACACAUGUUGGCCAAGUGAUUCAGUAUGGAGACGUCUUUCGCAUAAGAGCAUUCGAUACUCAACAUUUUCCGCUGUAUUUGUUUUCGGCUCCUGGAAUUCGACUGCAUUCUGCGGCCACGCACUCUGCAAAACCAAAGGUCAGAUUUUCUGAUCUAACGGUAACCGAGACUUUGUGGUGUGCACAUCCACUGGAUGAAGACGCCAAGCUUCGGAUGGAACUGGGUGUGCCAAUUCGUCUGAAAACUCCGCUGCUGCUUAAGCAUAAUGGCAGUGGGCACAAUCUAUCCUUGGAACCAAACUUCCCAGUCAUGACGUAUUUUGGAAACGAGCUGGAAGUGACACUGGACACGAAACUGGAUCGAGUAAAGCGGCCAGGCUUUGAGAACAUUUGGUACUUUGACACAGAUCGUGGAUUGCCGAAAGUGAAGGACCCAUGUGACAAAGAUUUCGAGAAACAAGCAGAAUUUUCGGCAAAAAUUAAUAUAAAUGCCAUAAAUCGAUCUGCUGCAGAAAGUGGCAAGCUGGAAGACCUGGCUCGACAGAAGGAGGAGGAAGAUAACUUGGAUGAGGAUGAAGGAAAUUGUAAUGCCAUGCAAUACCAAGCGCAAUGUUGUCCAAUGGGAAAACGCAAUGAGGAAUUGGACGCUGCGAUGUCGCAGAUGACAUUAAAGUCAAGAGGUGGUCUUCGUCCAUACGAUCCAGCUACAGGACCGCAACCUAAUGCUUGGAGUUACAUGGUGCAAGACAAUGAUCCGAACUUUCCAAAUCAGAAAUGGAAUUGUGGAGACACCGACUGUUGCAAUGCACCAAUGACCAAGCCUCCAAAACAAACUGAAGAUGUACCUUGUGAUAAAUGCGAGUGUAUUGAGCCAGACCCUAAAGCUGAAAGUCCUAAUGCAAUUUAUUCACCAUUUAAACGCCUCCUUAUGUAAUAAUUUCCUAUUAUACUCAAUUGGUGGCAAUUGGUAUAUUGAAAAAAUCACUCAAUUCAACAUAUUGUCAUAUGCAUGCAUGUAGGAACUUGCUUAUUAAAAAUAUUUGUUAAAUGAACAGCCGUCAUGGCCAAUCACCCCUUUUUAUCUCAUUGAUUCGAAUCGGCGUUACACACAUGCUUGUCGCGAUCAAGGUUUCUGCCCUUUGGGGGAGAGGGGGUGCUUGGUGGAGUAAAAUAAUUCGAUGUUAUGGAGAUAUGAAAUUAUUCUCCUUCAAAAUAUUCCCUAGAUAAUUUCCUAGUGCCAGCUAAUGUCAAUAGUGCUUUGGACCAAUACAGUAAAUUCUGACAAGAAAAUUGUUUUGUAACAAAUUAAAUUUAUAAAUCAUUCUAUAAUGCUUGUUGGCUCAGGAUUUGUUCCUCCAAAUUAUCCCGAAGUUGCAGAAUUGCGACGGCAAGGAUGUCCAGUAAAACCCAUGCGUAACCCUCGAAUUGACUACACCAGAGACUUCUUUUGUAAAAAAUGGGGCCCAAGCUUCCGAUGUAUCUGUCGUCCGAAACUGGACAAUCCUUGCGGGGUGGGGCCCAAGCAGUUUCGUGGCGUCGGGAAAGAAGUUGAGAGUUUGGACCAUUUCACGGCACUCCCAUUGAGACCAGAAGGACGUUAUACGGGCAUCAGAGAUCUGCCGACGCUAGCUCAACAAGUGGGACUGGUGAAGACAAACCCAUGUCCCAAACGUGAACUAGAUUUCAGCUCAUCAUGCAAUUCCCAAGGCACUCGUAUGAAACCUGAUCUAAUCAAGGGUGACUCAAUUUGCGGAACCUGUGUAAAUAUACCCAGUGACGCCCCAGCUAAAGUACCCUUUGUUUGUGACGACUUUCCUGGUUUCGACAUUUCGCCAAAUCUCCCUUUUAAAGUUUGCAUUGGAGAAUUACCCCCAGAUCCUGAACGAGUUAAGAUUCGAAUCAGAAGUGGAGCAGAGAGAUGCUUACAACCGUCUCACUAUCGUGACAUCAACUCUGUCUACCGAGAAAAUUUUAACGACUUUAUGAAAACAAAAACCCGGAAGCAAAUAUCUCUUUAUCGAUCUCCUUUGGCAAUUGACAAGAGAAGAUCUCGACCCACCAUUCCUGUGGAUGCAAAUCCUAACAUUGUCCUCGGAGUCAACAGCGGUCCCCUAAUUGUCAACGCCAAGUACAUUAAGUAUAAAACUUGCAACAAGAAUAAGAGACCACCCUGUCUGCCCAAAAAACCAGAUUUCGAAGUUUGUCUCCCUCCUGGACCCAUCGUUUUACCUUGACAAAGUGAUCCUUUGUCUGUCUAUGUCUUCCUUCGUACACAGAAAUCAGAACUUUGUAAUUUCCAUAAACAGUAAGUAUUAAAAUGGCUAUCCAUUUCGCAAGAGUAAAUGUGUGCGAGUUAAAAACUAUCUGGAAGUUAUCCCGCUUGGAACCUUUGUACAUUAAGCACGUAAAUUUUCACACACGUGGCAUCGUGCAUGACGAUGUCAUCAAUUACUUACUAGCAAAAUACUAACGCUUUUGUGUGUUACACAUACUGUGAACCAUGAGUCAUCUCUGUGCGAAAACUCCAUGAGAACCUACAUAUCAAAUUGCGUCUUGCAUCUCCCCAUCACCUUACCACCACGUAUGUAUUCAUUGCUAAAACGGUCUUCAUCGCAAUCCCGUAUCCCACAAACAAGUGGCACUACAAUAACCUUGCAAAAUUUCAGCUGCAAUAAACAAUUUCAUUUAACACUAGAGAUUAAAGUGUACACUACGCCACACUGCACAGUAGUGCAAAACAAAAAGUGAUAUUUAA